AGGGGAGAUAGUGCAGGCGGAUGGGAGCGUGUAGUAUCAUCCUCGAUAUAGUAUAUCCCCGGAUCGAAUCGAAAUCGGAUCGAAUUGGAUUGAAUCGGGCUCGGGCCUGCUGGUGUGUGUGUGAGUGUGCGGAGUACAUAUGUAAUAGGGCCAUGAAGUUUUAUUGAAAAACGAGGCAGAGACUAGGCGAAAAGGCCAUAAGAGUUGGCCCGUAACCCCCGAACGCCCCGAAAGCCCCGACACGCCCCUGCUGAAGGAGUCGCUGUGUAGCUGUGAAAAAAUGCCCAAUGCAAAAACUGUGCCCAUGUGGCUCCGCCUGGGAGUCACCCAUUUGGUAACGUCGUGCAGCUGAAAAAAUUCCCAAUCACAAAUCUGUUGAGCGAAAAUCAAAGAGGGCCCAGCCAAAGCCCCAACUAACCCAUAUAUAUACAUAUAUAUAAUAUAGUAUAUAUAUUCAUAUAUAUGUAUAUAUGCACCUCUAUGUAGUCGGGAGUAUAAAGGAAAGGAAAAUCAUCUACGGUGACAAAAACAAAACGCUGUGUGCGAAAAAUCGGGCCAAAAUGUGCGAGCGUGAGCGUAAAGUGCGUGGGUGUGUGUGAAAGGUGUAAAAAAUGUACAUUCUGUGAAUUGGCCACAUAAAAAACGAGUAACGAGUAUAACGACAGACGUUAUAUUUAGAGCCGAUUCGUAGUUCUUGUUUUUGUUGCCAUUUCGCUUGCCACCGAAGUAAGGCAACCAACGUAGGCCCCAAAAUGCCCAGAGAUCUCGCCUCCGGCCGCAAUUCCAUAACCGAUUCCGACACCGAUUCCGUCUUCGUCACCGCUUCCAACUCCGACUCCGACUCCGGCGAUUCCGUCGACUCCGGCGUUGGCAAUAGCCACAUUCCCGGGCAGCAGCAGCAGCAUCAGCACUUUUACCAGCAUACUACGCGCCCACCCACGCUGUGAAUCCCCCAGAAAUCAGACUCAGAUCUCCAGCACCUGCAAGCGCCACUGCAAUUAGACGCAUAUAAUCCACAAAUCAAUAAUAAUCACCAAAUCAGCAAAUUGCUGAUAGCGUAAACAAGUGGCAAUAACAUAGAAUAAAUCAAACCGGUGAAAAGGCUCGAAGGGCCGAAAGUGAAAGCCAAUCCGGAGUGAAACCAGUGCAAAAGUCAACAGCUUGUGGGAGUCGAGAGCUCGUCCUCGAGUCCCCGAGUCCUUGAAUCCUGCCAGUGUGUUAAGUGCAUUAAGUGUGCCAAGUGUGCGAGUGUGUGAGUGCGUCCGGAUACCGGAGAAGCCACAACGUCGUCCACAAAACCAUCGACGUCGACUGCCGCCGCCGCCGCUGCUGCUGCUGCCGCUGCCGCUGCAGGAUCGGGAUCAGGAUCGGGUGCGGGUGCGGGAGCGGGACCAGGUACUGCUCCAGGCCACCAGAGGAGCGGCGGACGGAGCGGCCAGCGACGUCGCAGUAGCAGCAGUAAUCCACACGCCGGCACAACGAAAGCGACCAGCGGCAGCGGUGGAGCUGGCAGCGCCGGCGGAGGAGGAGGCGGUGGCGGCGGAGGCGGGGUCAAGCAGAGCGUCAGCCGGAACAGCAACAUCCGGAGCAGCAGCUCCAACAGCACCAUGGCCUCGGCCAAUCACCGGGGUGGCGGCGGACGCGGAGGCGGCGCCGUCGCCGGAGCCGGGGCGGAUGGCAAUGCGAUCGUCGGCCUGCAGAUCGGUUCCGCCUGGUUUCAGCGCAAGAUCAACCUGAGGCCGCAGCACCGCGGCGUCCACCUGGUCACCGAGGAGAUCCUCCGACAGAUGCCGGAGCUGGCGCACUUCUCAGUGGGAUUAUGCCACAUGCAAAUUCUUCACACAUCGGCGAGUUUAGCGUUAAACGAAAGCUGGGAUCCAGACGUCAGAGACGACAUGGAGAUGAUGUUGAAUAAAAUAGUUCCCGAAGGCUUGCCCUACAGACAUUCGUGCGAGGGACCCGACGAUAUGCCCGCGCACGUGAAGGCCUGCUUCCUGGGCAGCUCCCUGACAAUCCCGAUCACCGAUGGCAAGCUGUCGCUGGGCACGUGGCAGGGCGUGUGGCUGUGCGAGCACCGCGACCAGGCCGGAUCCCGGAAGCUGGUGAUCACGCUGACCGGAUGUCCGCGCGAACAGGUCCGCAGUCCGCUGUCCCCCGUCUCGCCCAUCGCCAGUACGUCCAGUUAGGGGCGGCCUCGCUCCACCCGCGACAGCCGGUAAUCGCGGGGGAGCGACAAUAAUGCCAUCAUUUCGUCGAGGCGGCUGAUACUGCAGAAGAACUUGGCUAAGGCGAACCUGGCCCAGCAGCGGGCGGCGGCGGUGAUUGCCGCCGGUCGGGGUGGAUUGGGUGGGGGUCACCAGGAUGCCCUGGCCCCGCCCAACAUACCCGGCGUGGAGACGAAGACCGGCCGCCUGCUGCUGCGCCAGCAGCUGCACCUCAAUCUCAACCUGAAUGUGCAGGAAACGUUGCGCGAUGGCGUCGACAUCGAUGAUGUGGACGAGGAUGUCGACGAGGACGAGGACCUAGACCUAGACCUAGAAACCGUCACAACAGUGCCUCUUAACAAUGAACAACUUAAUGCUAAGGUCACCACCACAACAUCCAGUUCAUCAGCAGCGAGCAGUGCAUUAGCUAAAUUCAAUCGCAUCAUAGACUCGACCUUGGAGCGGCCACCGGUGGCCGUAGAGUACUCCGGCUUGCCCCAGUUGAGCAGUGCCACGUUGCAGCAGCGCUUCAACCUGGCCUAUCCGGAGUUGGUAAGCCACCAGCAGCAGCAGCAGCAGCAGCAGCAACAUCUGCAACAGCAGCAACAUCACCAGCAGCUGCAGCUGCAACAUGAUGCGACCAAGCAGAUCAGCAGCCUCCAGGGGAACCCCAGGACGGAUCGUGGAACGGGCGCCGUUGCCAGCACCCCAUUAACACUUCAAGCACCCAAAACUCCAGCAACGGCGACGGAGGAGCAGACGGAUCCGGGGAAGCCCCACGACGACGAUCAAGACGACGAUGAUCAUCCCCACCACGACGAGGAUAAUCAAACGAAACGAAAUGAUGUGCAUUAUUUGUUGAAACAGUUGAAUAGUUUUAGUGAUAUAGAAGAAAUAGAAAUUGUUGAUAUGAAGCAAAGAGGUCAGCGGCCGCCGAUGGCGUCCAGUUCGUUGGCCACCAUGAUGCCGCCCCCCUCGCCCGCACCGCCGGCCUCCCCAUCCACGCAGUCGCACCGGCUGGGGCCGCGGUUCGCCUCCGGCGGCGACAGCUCGCUGGUCCUGCCGCAGCACCAGUUCGACGACUACCUGUUCGAGUCCUGCCACUACCUGGAGACAAACUACUUUGCCGCCACAUACCGCACUGCCAUGGUCGAGAGCAGCUCCCACGAGUUCCGACCCUCGACCAACAGCAGCUCGAACAGCUUCGAGCUGCACGAGAUGGAGCCGCCCAGUGUCAUCUGCAAGGCGGGGGCACCGCCGCCUCCUCUGGCCGCCAGUCGUUCCGGCCACCCCGGUCAUCCGGGGCACCCGCCACCGCGGUACCAAUUCGAGUACCAGGCGGAGACCCGGCUGACCACCAGCGGGGUGCAGACGGAGCUGACCGUCGAGUCGCUGGCCAAGAUGAGCAACUGCAGCGGGAGCAGCUCCUCCUCGUCGGCGACGACGAGGGCUCCUCCCUUCUUCCGGUGCUGCUACACGCCCAUCGAUCGCUGGCGGGAGAGGAGGCAGCAGCAGAAGAGCUCCUCGGCCUCCUCGACCGCCGCCCAGCCGCCCAAGGACGUCUGACACUGGGCGUAGCAGUCCACUCGGAGAUCCAACAUGUGCCUGGCUAAUUUAUUUCAGGGAUGCAAGCCGGGGGAACACGGGGAUGGGUUCGGAAUUCGUAGACAUGGUUCGGUUUAAUGGGUAAGAGUAGCCUUCUUGGUCUAAAAAAUAAGGGAGAUUUGGGGAAAUUCUGAAGAACCUUCUACGCUACUUAAACCUCAAUUUGAAAUUUUAAAAACUAUAUUGUUUUCCUUUAUUUUACCAACUAUUGCUAGACGAAUAAACUAAUAUUUUAGUUCCAAAAAUCAAGCCCCAAUAAGUUUUACAACAAAUUAAUUAACUAGACCGAACCACUGGCCUAAAAAAAAUGAAAUCAUAGGAGGUUUGCAUCCCUGUUACUUUGGUCGCUGUUCUCAUUUGCGAUAUCAACAAGAGAUUCCAUUUCGAUCGACAGUCGAUACACGAAUCACGAAUCCCUAAUCAUUUGAUGGAAGUUCAUUAAUGUACAAUUUAAAUACGCUAAAACGAAAACCAGAAAUGUUAGUAAACAAUUUUUUAUACACACACCAGCCACACCGACAUUCGCACAUUUUUGCAAUACACCAAAGUAAAUGAUUUGGAAGUUUGUAUAAAUACAUAAGAUUGCCAAGUGUUUGGCAGAAAACUAGGAUGGCCAGCAACUACUGAUUCCCCUUGAAUUCAACACCCUUCCGGCUUUCGUUUUGCGAACUAGCCAAGUUUUCUGCCAGACAUUUACCGAAGCUGACUCCAGCUUAGGCCCAAAGUUGUAUUUGAAAAUGUUUCAACAAAAGAAAAUAUUGUUAAAAAUUAAACGAAAACGUAGGGGACGCGAGAGCUUGUAUAGUAAGUUGAUAACUAAAGUAAAUGAGAGUCGUGUUGAUAGUGGUCAGAUCAAGGACAUAGACGAGAGGCGCGCACGCCGGCACCUUUGAUUUCGUAGUCUAGAUUCCUGUUCCUCUCGCUUUCCAGGUCCGAUUGGUCCGUCUAGAUAUAUAUCAUUCAGCGAGAUUAUCUGCGUGCGCGUGGGUUUAACCAUCCCCAGAAGGAAGCAAAAACGAAAAACAAAAGCAAUUGUUACAUCAAUUAUACACUGUUCUGUUGACCUGUCAUUGAAGCCCACUCAUUUCGUUUCGAGGGAUAAGCUUUUAAGGAAUUGUUGUUAGAGCACAAGAGAUACUGGCUAUGCAAGCAAACCAAGUACGAAACGAUGCAACUCUUAACCAACCAAGAGCAAUAUUAGUUCUUAAAUCAGUUCGGAUUCGUCAAUUUUGUUGAGAACAUGUGCAAGUAAAAUACAUCAGAAUAUAUCACUAACUUGAAUAAGCCUCGAGAUCACGCUUUGGUUUAUCGGAAAAUAAAUAUAUAUAUAUGCAAUUGGAA